AUGGGUGCUUGUAAAAUUCAAGCUAAAGAUCUUGUAAGAACAAAAAGAUAUAUUGAUAAGUUUAAUAGUAUGAAGACUCAAUUACAAGCUAUAUCGUUAAGAAUCCAAGCUGUGAGAAGUAGUGAUCAAAUGACAAACUCUAUGAAAGAUGCAACUAGAUUAUUAGGCUCAAUGAAUCGUUCAAUGAAUUUACCACAAUUACAAAAAAUUGCAAUGGAUUUUGAAAAAGAAAAUGAUAUAAUGGAUCAAAGACAAGAAAUGAUGGAUGAUGCAAUUGAUGAUGCUAUUGGUGAUGAAUAUGAAGAUGAUGAAGAAGCUGAUGAAAUUGUUAAUAAAGUUUUGGAUGAAAUUGGUGUUGAUUUGAAUUCUAAAAUGCAAAAUGCUCCAGAUGGAUUAGAUACUGGUAUUGUAGAAGAUGAAAGAGUUCCACAAGCGGUUGGAGCUGGUGGUGGUCCAAGUGGUGGUGAUGAUGAAGAUGAUGAUUUACAAGCAAGAUUGAAUAGUUUGAAAAGAGGUUAA